GGACAUCACAGCGGUCCUUGGGAGGGGCUACGGGUGCUGCCCUUGGCCCCACCAGUCAUUUAUCCCAUCUAGGAAGCAGGCGGGGAGCUGUGUGCCUUGUUUAGGGACCCUCUGGAGUGACCCUGUCUGUCACCCUAUACCAGGUGCCAGCUAGGGACCUGCGCAGGAAGUCCGCCCAGCGGUCCCACCGGCCCUUCCAGUUUCUCCUUCGCACUCUGAUGGCUUCGGCACUCGGCCUCCUCUGCUGGGGGGCCCUCGGCCGGGUGUGCUGACCCUAGGGCUGCGCCAUGCACCUCCAGCGUCAGCCGAGCCCGACGCCCCCCAGGGGAGCGGAGCCCUUCCUCAGGAAGCGUCUGGCCUUCCUGUCGUUCUGGGACAAGAUCUGGAGGCGGGUGAGCCAGAGGACAGCAUCCCCGGGCCCCAGGGCCCUGACGCCGCCGUCGCCGGCCCAGAGCCGUAGCCCUCCGCCAGCUCAGCGACCGAGCCCCCGGCCUGCCCGGCGUCCUAGCCCGCCGCCGGCUCAGCGACCGAGUCCCCCACAGAGCCCUGAGUUGCGCUCUGCGCCCCCCGCGCAGCUCUUUCGUGCGCUCUACGACUUCACGGCGCGGUGCCCGGAGGAGCUGAGCGUCACUCGCGGGGACAGGCUCUACGCCCUCAAGGAGGAGGGCGACUAUAUCUUCGCCCGAAGGCUCUCCAGCCCGCCCAGCACCGGGCUGGUGCCCAUCAACCACGUGGCCAAAGCCACCCCUGAGAUGCUCUCAGACCAACCCUGGUACUUCUGCGAGAUCAACAGGACCCAGGCCCAGCAACUGCUCUUGUCCCCUGCCAACGCCCCAGGGGCCUUCCUCAUCCGGCCCAGCGAGAGCAGCCUUGGAGACUACUCACUGUCAGUCCGGGCCCAGGCCAAAGUCUGCCACUACCGCAUCAGUACAGCCCCGGGAGGCAGCCUCUACCUACAGGAGGGCCGGCUCUUCCCCAGCCUGCAGUCUCUGCUCGCCUACUACAAGGCCAACUGGAAGCUGAUCCAGAACCCACUGCUGCAGCCCUGCGUGCCCCAGGAAAAACCAGGAGGCAGGGCCCUGCCAGAAGCCCACCCUGCCCAGCACUCCUGUCCACUUUGCCAGGGGAGUGGCUGGCAGGGCACUGAGCUGCCUUCCCUGCAGAGGCCCCCAGCACAGGACAAGUGGGAGCGACCUCGCUCAGAGUUUGUCCUUGGGAAGAAGCUGGGUGAAGGCUACUUCGGGCAAGUGUGGGAAGGCCUGUGGCAGGGCUCUGUGCCCGUGGCAGUCAAGACCAUGAAGUCAGUGUCCUCUCCUGCAGCCAACAUGAAGAUGGCUGACCUGGCCAAGGAGAUCGAGGCGCUGAAGACCCUGAGGCACGAGCGGCUCAUCCGGCUGUAUGCGGUGUGCUCCGACGGAGAGCCUGUGUACAUCGUCAUGGAGCUCAUGUGCAAGGGCAGUCUGCAGUCCUACCUGGGCAGCCCCGAGGGCCAGGCCCUGAGCCUGCCGCUCUUGCUGAGCUUCACCUGCCAGGURGCCGAGGGCAUGGGCUACCUGGAGGAGCAGCGUGUGGUCCACCGGGACCUGGCUGCYAGGAACGUGCUCGUGGGCAAUGACCUCACUUGCAAGGUGGCUGACUUUGGCCUGGCCCGGCUGCUCAAGGAUGAUGUCUACUCCCCAAGCAGUGGCUUCAAGAUCCCUGUCAAAUGGACGGCACCUGAGGCCGCCAACUACCGUGUCUUCACCCAGAAGUCAGACAUCUGGUCCUUUGGCAUCUUGCUCUACGAGAUCUUCACCUUCGGCCAGUGUCCCUAUGAAGGAAUGUCUAACCAGGAGACACUGCGGCAGAUCAGCCGAGGAUACCGGCUGCCGUGCCCAGCCGCCUGCCCAGCGGAGGUCUACACCCUCAUGUUGAGGUGCUGGAAGGACAGCCCUGAGGAGCGGCCCACUUUUGCCAUGCUGUGGGAGAAGCUGGGCACCAUGCACAGGCGCCUCCACCUGGCCCUUUUGUGACCAGGGCUCUGGCCAUGGGUGGUGGCCAGGGCCAAUGCUCUCUGCAGGGUGACCCCAGGUCAAGGCUGCACAGCUGGGAACCAAACCAGCCACCCCAGCUGUGGGCCUCCUGUGCUGACACGGAGGGACCUGGACACCUGCAGAUGGAGCUCAGCCACCCACACCCACCCAGAUGGCAGAGUGUCCUUUGCCUGGUGUGGCCUGUGUGCUURGUGUCUCCAGGACAGAGGAGGCACAGAGUAGAGCCUCAGAGACACUGGGUGGAGAGGCCGCAGCUGGCCUUGUGCGGGUCCUCCUUGACUCCCUCCCAGGGUGAAGGAGGGGAAGAUUCCCCCACGUCCCACYGUGAGUUUAAGUGGCCAGUGCUGGGGCCCCCAGGCAGACCCAACGGCACAUGUGUGCACAUACGGCUGGCACGGUCUCCUGCCCCCUGUAGGCACUGGCAAACCUGGCACAUGUGGCUACACCCAGUAAAGAUGUUCUGAUUGACUCAGACAUGGGCAUGGAUGUGUUACACGCUGACCCCCAAGCCCAGAAUCAGGCGCUGGAGCUGAAGGAGGUCCAUCCUGCUAACAAAGGUGGAAGAGAGAGCAGAACCCCCAGGAC